CUGGGGACAGAUGCACAAAGGUGGAGCCCCGUCCAGAAGUGCUAGGGCUUCUAUUCACGUUGAUUGCACUGCUUCCAACUAGCACAGCUGCACCACCUUGAUGCGGAUCCCCCUGGUGAUGUUGUUCUACCGCUUUCACCCGCGCGUGCUCCAUCUCGACCUGCUUCCGUGCGAGCAUCAUCAUGGUCCGCAACUUCCGGGCCUUUUCCGUGACCGCGAGGCUAUGGGAGUGCGCGGUGUCCAGGUCGGGCAGGCACUUGGCCUUCUCAAGCGCCUUCGCCUCCUCGUAGUUCGCCCGGGAGAUCUUCACGAGGCAGACUUCGUGCGAAGAAAUCCACGCGGAAUACGCCGGAGUGAUCCUCUGUUUCUUCUCCGCGCCGUUGUCCCCCUGCGGGACCAGCGCCUCGAUGUUCAGCACCGCGUUCGAGCCCAGGUCCUGCUGGAACUGCGACAAAGGCAACGCCGAGCCGUGCGAAAACACGUGGUGGUGCGCGAUGCGCACGACCCCGGUGAGCACGAUGAUCAUGUCGUCGCAGGGUUUGCCGGCCUGCAGCAAAAAGUCCUCCUGUUCCGGCAAGGCAGAGUGGCUGUUCUUCUUCACGCGCACCUCGACCUGCGCGCCCGUCGCCAGCAGCCAGCGCAGCGCCUUGCCGCCGAUCCAGCCCUCCCCGACCUGCCGCAUUAUCAAGUGUAAAAAUGUCUGGGUCUGGAAGAUUUCUAGAUUUGUCAUGCAUAUUUUCCAUGACGCAUGAUGUCUGUGAUGCAUGCCGUAGCACAACAGAUUUUUAGAGCGCUUCCUCAUGCCUAUUCCGCAUGACAAAUGCCAUCUCCGCGAACUCCUCUUACUGGUCACGCAAUACAAAUCUUUUUCGAAUCCCGAGACAGCAUCACGAGUUUAGAUUCUUCCAGACCCAGACAUUUUUACUUUUGAUACGCAUGUGCCCGGUCUGAAACCGCCAGGGCAGGUAUCCUGAGUAAAAACGUCCCCACACCAGAGUUGUCAUGCAAAUGCGCAAUGACAGGAACAUUUGUAAUGCGCAGCUCCAUGAGGGGAAUUUCCAGUCGUGUUUUGGAAUUUGUAAUGCUGUAAACAGGAUGUGAGAAUGGCUUUCUCAUGCAGCCUAUCUUGCCAAUCAGCACUGCACUGCAGAGGGAAACUUGUCAUGCACAGCUCCCAAAACUUGGAGGUUUGUGUUGCUAGAUUCCCAUCUUGACUAUGGGGUGGAGACGUUUUUGCUUGGGAUAGUAGGCGGUUUUUUAGCAUGCUGGUCCAGGACGCGCGAGAGGAACCCGCUGCGUCGUAGUCCGAAAGCAGUUCUUCCCGGCCGACUGAACCUUCCAUCCGAGUCUUACUCACGGCCAGUUCGUGGAACAAUUCCGGCCCGGGGUAAUUCUCCCGCAGGUGCGCACACAAGACCGCAAUCUCGAAGGGCGUCAACGGACUCUCGGCCAGCGCCUUAUUGAAGACGCGCAUGCUCAUGGGGUCCACGUUGUAGAAGUGUUGGCCCCCGCGGAGCUUCGAGGCCGGCUCGUGGACCAUCUUCGUGAGUUCCAGCAGUUGCUCACGCUCUUCCAGUAGUUCCCCUUGCGACGCUUGACUCUUCAUCGCAAUGCCGCUGCCGCUAGCACUGCUGACCGUGGAAUCACGGUGUCGCCCGGUCAUUUCCGACAUUGUCUGCAGCUCGAUCUGUGAGGCGUUCUUUCGUUUGUUGGCAGAUUUGGUAUUCCUCUUGGAGGAUCCCGAGUUAAUUAUAUCGUCUGCUGAUGUGUUGUUCUCCUUGUUUUCGACGCUUGUUCCAGCAGCAGCUCCAGUAGUCGCAGCAGCACCAACAGUUGUUCCUCCUUCCUCGUCGCUGCUCGAGGUUUCCAUGCUGAGCGCGCCGUGCAGCAGCGUUUUCGCAACGUCCUCCUUCGCUUCGAGCACUUCUAGCGGUAAAGCCGCGGACUCGUCGUCGAACUCCUGGCCGAGAAUCUCCUCGAAUAUGUCCUCUUUGGAGAAGACGCCGAUAUGGCGUUCUCAAAUGUUACAUUCUCAACUUGUCAUGCAAGAAUGGGAAAAGUGAAAGGGGGGAGGUUGCACCUGUAGCAUUACAAGUUCCGGACCGAUUUAGGUGGUGUCUAGCCCUUCGCAAAUUUGUCAUGCGAAGCAGCUUGAUCGUGUGAAUGAUGAUAGUGUUUUUGCAUGACAAAUUCAUGUAUGAAAAGCGCCGCUGCCCCUGUGCCUGCUGGAUGAGAUGGUGA